AUGAAUAUUAUAAGUUAUAGUGUUAGCUAUUGUUGGAUAUCUCAGACAUUUCUAAUCCCGUCUGCAUUUAACAAAAGAGUUGGUGUAGAGGUUCCGCAUCCAGGAGUUGAUAAUUCACGAAAUCUGGCCACAAAUGAUCGCAAAUAUUAUGCUUAUUAUCAAUGGGUUCCGUAUUAUUUGUGGAAAGUAUGGGAAGGAGGGCUCAUGAAGUCCAUCACAAUGGGAAUGCAAAUUGCAAUACUUGCUGAUGAG